CUCGAACAACGCAAGGUUGUUUUACGGGCCCAUACGUUGAAAACGCUGGCUGCGCUCAUAAAACUUGCCCUAACAUGUCACCGCUUGACACCGACGUGCCGCGGGCAGCGUUCAGCAAUUUCACUUGCUAUCGGUGCGCAAAUAUCCACUUAUUCGGACGAUACAAUAUAUUUUCCGCUGAUCCAGUCUCGCGGCAGUUAUGCGUGUUAAUCGUCCGCUGCACUCACUCCCCGGGACGCGGUGGUGUUCCCGUUUUGAUCAUCCUGUUUUUAAGCGGCCGCUAGUAACCAUUUGUUGAGCGGCCGCUCCAUCAUGGCGAUGAACGCCGCACUGGAAGCCGGCGCGGCGUCGGGCGUGGCCGGCAGUAUCCAGGAUCUCAGCGGGGUCGGGCGGACAUCCCGGAGCUCGGUGUCCGGGCCGCCGCCCGGCCGGCGGAAUAGUUCCUUCGUGCGGAAUACGUCGUUUGUGCGCAACGGCUCCUUUGGGCGGUUCGACACGGAGGAUGUGUUUGAGCGGUCAGCGCGGAUUACGCUGAAUAUCGCCGGGGUGCGCUUCGAUGUGCCGUUGGCGGUGCUGACCAAGUAUCCCGAGACGCUGCUGGGGAAUCCGCUGCGGUUCCGCCGGCAUUAUGACGCCACGAAGGACGAGUACUAUUUCAACCGGGAUCGCGCGUGUUUUGAGGCGAUCCUCCAGUAUUAUCAGAGCGGUCAGCUGCGGCGACCGGCCAGCGCCCGUCUGGACACCUUCGUGCAGGAGGUGCGCUUCUUCGACCUGGGCCACGAGGCCCUGGUGCCUUCUGCCAGGACCUUCUGCCAGGACGAGGGCUUCUUCAUCGAGAAGCCGGUGCCCCUACCUCGACACCCGCUGCAGCGCCGCGUCUGGCAGAUCGUCGAAGUCCCCCACAGCUCCGUGUGGGCCAAGUGCUUCGCCAUCACCUCCAUGCUCUUCAUCGUCCUCUCCAUCUUCGUCUUCUGCAUCGACACCCUCCCGCAGUUCCGCGACCACGCCCACCACCACCCGCCGCGGGCGGAGGGCGUGACUUUUGCUCCCCGGGAGGUCGCGAACAUCAACACCGCCUCAGAAGUAGUGACCUUUAGCCCCGGGAACGUCGGCACCAUCUCGGAGGUGGUGACCUUUAUGCCCGGUAAUGUCAGCGCGCGCUUGGAGGUGGUGACCUUUCCUUCUGGCACCGUCAGUCCGCUUCCGGAGGGCCUCCCGCGCGGCUACGCCCAGUUCCAGCGUCCGCUGUUCAUCGCCGAGACGGUGUGCAUCGGGUGGUUCACCCUGGAGUUCAUCCUGCGCGCCCUAACCUGUCCCAGCAAGCGCAAAUUCAUCCGCGCUCCCCUGGAGAUCAUCGACGUCCUGGCCGUGAUCCCCUACUACAUCCACCUGAUCAUUAUCCUGGCCGCGCUGCGCAACAGCCAGGACGCGGUGCGGGAGGGUGGGGUGCUGCUCAUCCUGCGGAUCUUGCGGCUGGUGCGGGUCUUCCGCAUCUUCAAGUUGAGCCGGUACUCGCGGGGCCUGCAGAUGUUGGGACAGACGUUCUGGAUGUCCAUCCGGGAGUUGGGGCUGUUGCUGCUGUUCCUGGGGAUGGGCGUGAUAUUGUUCAGUUCGGCGGUGUAUUACGCCGAACAGGGAUAUGAGGACACGCAGCUGACCAGUAUUCCGGAGGCGUUCUGGUGGGCUAUCGUCACCAUGACCACCGUGGGUUACGGUGACGUCUCCCCGAAAACGGUCUUCGGGAAGAUCGUCGGCUCGGCAUGCGCCAUCUCCGGUUUAAUCGUGGUGGCGCUGCCGGUGCCCAUCAUCGUCUCCAAGUUCAACACCGUCUACCAGCGCGAGGCCGAUCGGGUACAGAUGGAGGAGAUCUUGGCGGACAUUCUCAAGCCGCACGACGUCCCCGUGCUCAAAAGGCAGACCUACAAACCCACCUCCAACGGUCGGAUCGCUGAAUUCCACAUUGAAAUUGAGCCGAUCAUCGAGGAAAAAUAAACAGAAAAAAUUCGUUUAAAUAUUGAUGAAGCAUAUUAGCAAAAUGCUCUGAUAAGCAACGAUGAAAAAGAAUUUGGCAAAUAUCCAAUCUCAACUGCUUUGAUAAAAACCACAGAUCUUUCAUUGUACACUUUCUCUCCCAGAUUCUCUAUUAAUGCGUAUGUCUUGCGUAACGGGUUGCCUAUUGCAUAACAAUAAAA